AUGGGGAGGUGGAUGGAGAAGGACAGGAACAGAGCUGAGGACCUGCCUUCCUCCAGGGCUUGUAGGAGGGACAUCUCCUUCCUGGAGUCAGAGCAGAAAGAGGGAUUUUUCCCUAAACCUUCCCUCCACGCCCGCCCAGGGUGGAAGGUGACUGCAGGAGGAAACGUGACUCUGCAGUGCGAGAAGCCCAGUCAUGUGACAGAAUCUCACAUGUUUGCUCUACUGAAGAAAGGAACCUCAACACCCAUACAGCUCCAGAGUGCAGUAGGAAUGGAGACAGACUUCUCCCUGCCAAGUGUGACGGGCAGUGACACUGGGGCCUACAGCUGUGUGUACUACCAACCAAGGGCUCCUUUCUGGGCCUCAGAGCCCAGUGAUCACCUCAUGAUCUCGGUGACAGAGGGCCUGGCAGAGUUUCACCUCAGUGACGUAAAACUCGGUGACGCUGGAGAGUACACCUGUGAAUACAGGACAGGGAGCCCCACCAGAAGGUCACCGCCCAGUGACGUCCUUCUACUGCUGGUGACAGGAAAUUUCCCUAAACCUUCCCUUAAAGCCCACCAAAGCGGUGAGAUGACUGCAGGAGAAAACGUGACUCUGCAGUGCCAGCUACCCAGGCAUGUGACAGAACCUCACAUGUUUGCUCUAUUGAAGAAAGGAACCUCAACACCCAUAAAGCUCCAGGGUCCAGUAGGAAUGGAUACAGACUUCUACCUUCUAAGUGUGACAGGCAGUGACACUGGGGCCUACAGCUGUGUGUACUACCAACCAAAGGCUGCUUUCCUGGCCUCAGAGCCCAGUGAUCACCUUUCGAUUUGGGUGACAGAUUCCCCUGGUGCCACAUCAACAGAUUACACCACGGGUAACCUCAUCCGACUGGGACUGUCUGCCCUAAUUACGGUUCUUAUGGUGGCUUUCCUGGUGGAAGCCUGGUGGAGCCAGAGGAGGUCUCCAAGUGGGUCCAGCAAUUAAAGUGCCAAUCGUUGUGGAAGAAGCAGAGCAGCAGG